CGAAUUCACUUGGGGUUGUGCGGUUUGCGGUUUGGGCGGUUCGGCGAUUCGAGCGGACAAAGACUUCUUCGUCACCAGCUUCUCUCCUUCGCAACAACAACCACGAAUACCUUCAACCUCUCGCGCGUUCUCAGUGCCUCCUCCGAUUACUCACGAGACCUUCGUAUCUUUCAGAUAAUAGUCAAGGGCUGUCGCCGAGGCAGUGACGGCGAGGUAGAUUGACCGGGCGCAAAAGGUGUACGCACGACACUUCCUCCCACUACAACCGCACCGUCAAAGGCCUUCAACAUGUCGAAUACUCAGGUCGGAAACAUAUACCAGCAGAUCAUCUCAGAUGUCGUUGAUACAUCGAGAGUCGAUUUUGAAGAGGGCGGCGUCGAUGAGCAAGUCCUGGAAGAGUUGAGACUGGGCUGGCAACAGAAGCUGUCACAACUCGGUGUCGCCACUUUCCCGUGGGACCCGAAGCCAGAACCAACCCCCCAGAUCGCUAAUCCUCCAACCGUCCCCUCUAAUGCUGGCAAUUACCAGCCUAUGAAUAACACACCUCCCGUCCAACAGCCUCAAAGUGGUCUUACUAUGCCACAGCCUAGCAAUAAUGGUAACGCACCGCGCAUCAAGACAGAGCCUGGCCUAGAGAAUAAUGGUAAUAAUGGAGCUGCCCCACUGCCUUAUUCCGGACCUACACCCGCCCAACAACGUGCUGCGGCACACCUCCAUCAGAGUUAUGGUCCUCGUGCUGCUGCCUCGAUCAACGCUAUCCAAGGCGGAAGACCACAGCAACAGCAACAGAAUGGCCAACAGUCAAUGAUGCCGACUAUGGAGCAGAUGCAACAAGUUCGGCAAAUGCAACAAGCACAGCAACAGCAAUCUGCUAUACCUCAAGGCUUGACUAUGCCACAGGGACAAAUGCAAGGUCGACCUAAUAUAACUCAAGAUCAAUAUCAACGCAUGUUAGCUGCAACUACUCAACGUCAAAUGCAACAAGCAACAGCAAAUGGCCAGAAUGGUGUCGGUGGUGCACAAACUGAUGGUGCUGGUGACGAAGUCGAGAGUCUUGGUAUCAUCAAGCGUUUUGAUGCAGAUGGUCGAGAGAUCGCCAUGGGUCGUGUUGAGAUUGAUGGCUUGAUUCGUCAAAAGAUCGAGGCUAUGGGUUCGGCUAUGGAAGGCGGUGGACUUAUGCUUCCUUUACACAAGGCAUCCACUCCAGCCAAGAGAUCUCGUAAAGUCAAGCGAUUAGCUCCUGCCUUGGCUCAGGCUGAUGGUGGAGAUGACGAGGAUGAUAAGGAUGGUAUCAAGGAUGAGGAGCUUGAUGAGGAUGCUAUCAACUCUGACUUGGACGAUCCGGAUGAUGGUCUGAAUGAAGAGGAAGAUGAGGACGAGGGUAUGGGACAUAUCAUGCUUUGCAUGUAUGACAAGGUUCAACGUGUCAAGAACAAGUGGAAGUGCGUCAUGAAGGAUGGUGUCCUGACCGUGAACGGAAAGGAAUACGUCUUCCACAAGGCAUCAGGAGAGUACGAGUGGUAAACCACCUUCUCGGCCUUCCUCUUGCAGUCACCGAGUCCAACAUCCCCGAAAAAUAACGACCCAAAACUCAAAAAUACAACCAAACCAAUCAAUCACAAAGAAAGACAUUUCCCAUUUCC